CCAAACUUCUUCGACUCGACCAGUCCAGAUGGCGUUGGACUUUGUUCUUCUGUGGUCUAGUUUAUGUGUCGUCCCCUUAAACCUCAACGGGGAGGAAAGAGGGAUGACUGAGAAGGAAGGGGGGAGUAGGAAGCAACAGGAAAACAAACAGAGGAGUGAGGAGAACAAAAAAAAAAGUAGCAACAAGUGGAACUCUGGGGUUUUCCAACAUUAGUACGACAUAUUUAUCAAUUUUUUUUCUAGCGGUGUGAUCCAACAGCUGCAGGGAUGUGGAUGGAUACCAAAGCGGAGGCGAAGGAGGCCAGCAGGAAUCGUGCCAGCCUCGGUCGGCGUGUGUUGAGCGGUCUGCUGUUCUUUACCGGGGACAUGGAGUUCUUGGAUAAGUACAUGCAGGACAAGCUUUUUGCGCUGCAGCUGGCGGUGUGGGGCCUGAGAGGGGUGUCCAGGGUGAUCCUAGCCAACAACCCGCUGAGUGGUGCUCUCAUCCUGGCCGCGCUGUACUGGGCCUCCCCCUGGCUGGGCCUGCUGGGAACUCUCGGUGUACUGGCCUCUACGCUGACAGCUGUUAUCAUGGAGCAAGACAGUGAUGAGGUGUCGGGAGGUCUCCAUGGUUUCAACGGCAUGCUGGUGUCUCUGCUGAUGGGAGUGUUCAGCUCAGCUGGAGACUGGUACUGGUGGCUGCUGCUGCCUGCCUGCUUUGGGUCAGCUACAUGUGUCUUUCUGUACAGUGGUCUCUCCCCAGUGUUGGACCGCUGGGACUUGCCUGUUGCAGUGUUUCCCUUCAACAUCGUCAUCGUCCUCUUCCUGCUUUGUACUGGCCCAGACAACCUCUUCUUCCCGCACCACCCGGUUAUGCCACCGGGGCUGUUGGAGCCCAACAGCACCGAGCUCAAUGCAGUAGAGGUAAUUCGUGGCAUCCCUCUGGGUGUGGGUCAGAUCUAUGCCUGUGAAACUCUUGGGCCCUCCCUCCUCAUCCUGGGUGCUGUUCUGCUCUACUCCCCCUUGCUGGCCGCCCACGCUCUGCUGGGAUCAGCAGUUGGAACGUUGGCUGGUUUAUCCAUAGCGGUGCGUCAUGACUCUCUGUACUCUGGUCUGUUGGGGUUUAAUGGAGCUCUGGGCUGCAUGUCUGUCGGAGGACUCUUCUUCACCCUCAGCUGGAGGACCCACCUCUUUGCCAUCGCUACCGCCUUCCUCUCUUCGUAUGCUGACAUCGCUCUGAACAAUCUGCUGGGAACUGUUGGUCUCCCAGCAUGCAGUUGGGCAUCUACUCUUGUAGUCACACUGAUGUUGCUGCUGACCGGCAGUCUAGCAUCGUACCGCAUCCCUAUGGGCCAAGUCAUGGCCCCCGAACACAACCUGCGCUCCCACAGCAAAUGGAAAGCUGGGAACACCGCAGACAGGGAGAGCACUGAUGUGUAACGUAUCGUACCGUACUGUAUCAGCACUUUGAACUUCUAGGUUGGAUUUUUAUUAAAAACAUUUUAUAAAUAUAUUCUUUAUAAAUAAAAGUGAAUGUAAAAAAAAAAAAGGAAGCCGUCACUCCACAUUUCGUCCACAAGGUGGCACUGUAUGUUCAGCAAAUGCUGAAAAUGUUUGAGGUCUCACAGUUCUUAUGUAAGCCUCUGUAUUCAA